CGCCAUUGUGCGCAGGCGCAGUGAGGACGUUACGUCCUUGUCAACAGAUAGAAUUUUCGGGAAAUUUUGCCGAUUUUCGGCCCGGUUUUGUGCGCUUGUGGGACGUUCUAGCCCCGCCGUGAACCCGCCAUGUCGACCCCAGCACGCCGGAGACUCAUGAGGGACUUUAAGCGGCUGCAGGAGGACCCUCCCUGCGGGGUGAGCGCCGCGCCGACAGACAACAACAUCAUGCUGUGGAAUGCCGUCAUCUUCGGUCCCGAGGAUACACCAUUCGAAGACGGAACCUUCAAGCUCACCUUGGAGUUCACAGAAGAGUACCCCAACAAACCCCCGACCGUGCGCUUCGUCUCCAAAAUGUUCCACCCCAACAUCUACGCCGACGGCAAAAUAUGUCUCGACAUCUUGCAGAAUCGCUGGUCGCCGACUUACGACGUUUCCGCCAUUCUAACCUCCAUCCAGUCUCUGCUGGACGAACCCAACCCCAACUCGCCGGCCAACUCCGUGGCGGCGCAACUUUAUCAAGAGAACAAGCGCGAAUACGAGAAAAAGGUCCAGGCCAUCGUAGAACAGAGCUGGGCAGAAGUGCCAGAAGAGGACCACGUGCUUUGACGACAGUGAUCGUAGACUGUCGUGCUUUUCAGUCUGUUAUCUUUAACAAAAAAAUUAUGUGUGUUUAACUACACUAUAGGGGAAGAAAGAAAACUCUGGCGUGUCUCUAAACUAUGCUAUACAGGAUAUACAUGACGUAACAUCUCACAGGAAGCAGGGGAAGGUAGAGGAAAGUUUGUGGACUAAUUUUAUUUCGAGUGGAGGGCGUCCGUGGGAACUGUACAACUUCAUGCGGUUGAAGAAACGAAGAAAAAACUGAUUUGCUCCAGAAAUAUACACCUAGAACUACAGCCAUCUCUUUAAGGGGACUUGACUUCAUAUUCAUGAUAAUUCAUCUUAAAUGUUAUGACAGUGUUUCUAUGUUCUCUUUUACAUUAACAUUGUGUGAAUCACAUGCGAAAUUAUGGAUGUAUAAGGUACUCCGAAUCACUUAAACUACUACUGUAUUAUAUAGUGUAUACAUCAUGUUCCUGAUUAUGUAAUCAUUUAUUCCCUAUAUAUGUGACAUUUAUGGAAAAAAACAUUCAAAUUAUUCACUUGGUAAUCAAAAUGUUCAUUUUACCCAAGCUCAUAAUUUGCUGUAGCCGAAAGUGAAAGUACAUGUUGUUGUUGCCCCCCUCCCCCUUUUCAGUAUCAUAUGGCGUUGCAACUUAAAAUGUCUGAGUGGUGAUGUCAUUGCAAGAGGCAGUGUUUCCCAUACAAGGGAACAAGUGGACUCUUGAGAGUUACUUGUGCUAAUAUUGGAAGUUGGGGAGGCUUGUUGUACACAAAGAUGUGAUGCCAACCAUUUGUUGUUAGAUUCUUUCUUCAGUCCCAAACCGUGUCUAACUCCAAGCAUGUGGCAUGGAUUUUCAAUGUUGUCAACAAUCUUACGGAUUAUGAACGAUGCUUUCCGCUUGACUUCACCUGUAUUUAAUUUGCAUGUAUCGUAGAUGUACAGAAAAAAAUAUAUACAUGUGUAUAUGCUUUCCUCAAGCUGUUGACAACAUUAGAAAUGGUCCACAUAUGCAGAUGGUCUUGAUAUACAGUAUUGGCCAGUUGGAGAACUACAGGAGAAGCAAUGUAUCCAUAUGUACCACCCUACCAACCAUUUCCCCAUUUUGAUAGACACACAAGAGUCACUGUUUCUGAGUAUGAAGGAAAAUGUAUUCUGUACAUGUAUCUCAUGUGGGACAGUUAAAAUGUGUAGAUUGGCAUUUAAAGGAAAAUUGUCUGCUGUGCAAGACAAGAGAAACGACACCAGAUACAGCACAACUCUCAUAGUACAGUAUUGCUAUUACAUACAUUUACAGUGUUCUGAUAAACGUACAUAGAUACUUAGUUUGUAGCACUUGGACACUCGAGAAGGGUCAUAUUUUAAGUUGUCAGAUCUUACACUAGGAAUUACUUGGAAGCAGUACAAAAGGCUAUAUUAUAUUAUGUGAAGCUUGUAUCAAGCCCAAUGGAAAUCUUCAUAUCUUUAUAAGUUUUUUGGGGUAGAUCAGGAUAUACUAGUACAUUGAAAAAAUUUACGAUAGACUCACAAAAAGGAACACCACUAUUGUAAUGCGUUGCAGUUAAGAAAGGCAUAACAUUGUAUAUCACGGAAGGGCUGUGUAGGCAGCAUGAAAUAUCAUUUAUGGUUUAUACUAUCCUAAGCUAUCACUAUGUGCUAUCAUGUUGAAAUGUAGCUUUAGGAGAAUGGAUACAAUACAGCAGGGGGGUUGUAUCAUACCCAUUUAUGAGAUGGUGAUUCAUGUCCUAUGAAAAGAUGUGAUAUCCAUCGCAACAAACAUUAGAUCUACAUUUAACCUCAUUUGUAUGGACGUAGUGAUGUGUAGUGUACUGCCUCGGGGGAUGCAGCAGUGUGUAUUGCAAAAAUUGUUUACAAAGAAAUCACUGAAAGGUGAUGAUGACAUUUGAAUGUGUUAAUCAAGCAUGAGCGAAGUUGGUCUUUGUUAGGAAUGGUGUGCUAAUACACACCUAUGCUGUGGCAUUUUGACAUAGCCAUUUCGUUUACAAUCCUUGCAAAACAAUAUGUAUGUUCUGAUAUUCUGCGUUAGCGAUUCCUUUGUUAUGUUUACUGUUAUUUGUUGAUUUUUGUCAAGUCAUCAUGAACAGUAAGCACACCUUCUCACAUGAUGAUGUUUAGUGGCUUGAGGAAGAUCUCUCUAAAUCUUAAACAAGUGUAUCUAUGAAGACAUGAUUGUUAUAUGAAUGUAGUUAGGGUUUCGGCACUUUAUCUUGCAACCAGAGAACUGUAAUUAUGG